AUGGCAAUUAAGGUGGCGGCAAAACCACCGCAAAAAACAAAGAGAAAGGCAGAGUUGGAAGAUAUUACCAACAGUAACUUGAAAAAGAUUCGCCCCAACUACAAGAAGCAUCAGCAGGAGAGAUCUCCACCCCCAUCUGACACACAAACACUGUCGCCUCCAAGACCGCGGCAGAAAUCGGUUACGUUUGAACUUUCUAAUAAUCGCCACUAUGAGAACUCGCCGUUGUUGACUCCCAAGGACGAGGAGGACGACUUUGAAGAACAGCAGGCGAGCUUGGAACGCAGCCGCCAUGAUCCUCAUAAUCUUCAGAACAACGCCGAUUACGUGGCACUUACAUCGUCACUCCGGGUACUUCAAGCACACAAGGAACGUAUCGAGAAUGAUAUCCGCGAGUUGGAGACGCUCCGGCUACAAAACGACGAACAAACCCGCGAUUUUUUCCUAAAGUUGGUCAAGGGCGACCUCAAGUUGCCGCGGCCAGCGCGGGUGUUGACGGCGCCGGUGGUGGACUGGAGUCGAUAUCAUCAUAGCCUUGGCGACGUUCAGCAGUGCUUGAACGGGCGGGGCGAAAAACCCAUGUUUCGGACGCUCAAUUUGUUCCGAACAUGA